AUGUCUCAACAAAUACUUUUUUCAACAAAAAAUUCAUCUGAAAUAAAUAAUAAUGAACGACGUUAUUGUAUAUGUCAAAAAAGUGAAGAUGAAUUAAAUGAACAAGAUAAUCAUGAUGAUUUUAUGAUUGAAUGUGAUGGUUGUAAUGGUUGGUUUCAUGGACGAUGUGUAGCAUUACCUGAUCGAAUUGCUGAUGAUAUUGAAAAAUAUUUUUGUAUGGAAUGUUCAAAACAACAUGGACCUUCAAUAUUUAAACAACAACAAAAUCAACACAGACGAGAUUAUAGUGAUGCAAAUGCUGAACAAAAACCAAUACAAAGUGGUACAAAAAUUUUUAUAAAUAAAUUAAAACAAAAAACAUUUUCAGAUUGUGAAUCAGUAAUUCUACGAAUAAAAGGUGAUCAAUUAACAAAUGAAUAUUUAUUUAAAAAUGGUUUUACAAAACCAAUAUUAAUAUCAAAUCGUGAUGGUCUUGAAUUAACAUUACCAGAUCGAAUGAUAACAUUAGAAGAAAUUAAUAAACUUAUUGAUCAGGAUCAAUAUAUUGAUGCAAUUGAUUGUGAAAAACAAGUGAUUUAUAAAAUGAGUUUUACUGAUUAUAUUGAAUAUUUUGAAAGUUAUGAUCGAAAUAAAAUUUAUAAUGUUUUAAGUCUUGAAGUUUCGAAUACAAAAUUGGGUGAAUUUAUUAUUGUACCAAAAAUAGUUCGAGAUUUAUCUUGGACUACUACUGGUAUUUGGCCAAAUAAGAAAAAAGAUGAAAAAUUUGAAAACAAUAUUGAGACAAAUGAGAUAAAUCAACUAAAAAAUAAACGAACAUGGCCAUCACAAUCAUCUUUAUCAAGAACAAAACGUCGAACAGUUUCAUCAACAACUGAUACAGAUCAAAGUGAUGAAGAUGAAGAUUUAAAUUCACAUCAUUUUGAAAAUUUUGAACGUCCAGAAGUAGGAAAAUAUUGUUUAAUUAGUCCACAAUCAUCUUAUACAGAUUUUCAUAUUGAUUUUGGUGGUUCAAGUGUUUGGUAUUCCAUUGUGAGAGGUGAAAAAAUUUUUUAUUUAAUUGAACCAACUGAUGAAAAUUUACAAAAAUAUGCUGAUUGGUCAAAAUCACCAAAUGAAUCUGAAACAUUUCUUGGUGAUUGUGUUUCACAUUGUUAUAAAAUGUAUGUACGUGAAGGAAAUACUAUUUUCUUACCAGCCGGAUGGAUUCAUGCCGUUUAUACAGUGAUAGAUUCACUUGUAUUUGGCGGUAAUUUUCUUCAAUCUAUGGAUAUAGAUAUGCAAUUUCGCAUCUAUGAAUUAGAACGUCUUGCUAAAGUUCCACUAAAAUUUCAAUAUCCAUUAUUUGAAACAUUCCAUUGGUAUGCUGCUAAAAUUUUCUACGAACAACUAAGAGAAUGUAAUGAUUUAAAUUCAUCUACAAUCAAUCCUAUAACACAACAAGCAUGUGAAUCAAUUAUUUAUCAUAUGAAUCGAUGGUUAACAAAUGAUAAACGAUAUCAAAUACGAAAUCGAUAUAUAAUACCGAAAGGUAUUAAUUGUGAAAAACUUUUACGUGAUCUUACACGUGAACUUGAUAAAGCUAAAACACGUUGUGGUUCAUUAUGUUAUUCUAAAUUACCUUCAAAAACUACUAUAACAAGUUCAAAUAAAAUUGAAUAUACUAUACUUGAUAAUAAAAGAGAAUUUGUUCAAAUCGGUGAAAAUAAGAUUAAAGUUAAAUGUCGUCGUUUAUCAUCUAGUUCAGACAGUAGUAAAAAUAAAGAAGCAUUAGUUGGUCAUGAAGUUAAAUUAACUAUAAAAUCAACAAUAAAUGAAGAUCGAAAGAAAAAUAAUAAUGAAAAUUUAUUACAAACAAUACAAAAGAAAAAAAUCGGACGAAUAUUAUCAUCAAUUAAACAAAAGAAAAAGCAUUCAAAACAUGGAAAUUUAUCUAGAAUCUCAUAUAAACUUGAUCUUCAAACUGAACGACAACAUUUUAUUCAAGAUGCUCAUGUUCAAUCAUUAAUGGAUGACAAUGAAUCAACAAAUGACAAAAAUAUUUUUUCAAUAUGCGGCAAAUCACCGACAGAUAAUAUUGAAAGUCGUGAUCAUAAUGAAAGACUAUUCAAUAUAACUGAUGAUGGUCUAACAUCAUUUGUUAAAAGAUCUGUUAUUGAUAAAGAUAUUGAAAUAAAACAAAAAAAACAAUGUUUAAAACAGAAAAUUUCAUCAUUAAAAAAAUCCAAUUUUAAAUCAUCUGAUAUAGAUCAAAAAUUAACAAAAAAAAUUAAAAUUGAAUUAAAAAAAUCUACUAAAGAUACAUCGAAAAAACUUCCACCAAUUAUAUUAAAAUCUUCAUUAUCAAAAAAGAAACGUUUAUUAUCAUCUUCAUCAUUACCAAAGAAAAUUCAUUCAAAAGAUCGUCUAGGAAAAAUUCUUAAAAUUGCUAAUGACAUUAAAUCAAAAGGUGGAAUGUUAACAUGA